AUGGACGUCGAUGAGGGUGUUAAACAGCCAAAGAAAUUUAGUUCAGAAGCUUUCUCAGAUGCCAUGACAAAGAUUUUGGGCAGUACAUUGACUGGUUCAGAUAGAAGACAACCCAUUCUUGCAAGGUCUAAGGGUUUAGAACGUAAACUUGAAGAUGAAAAGUUGGAUUAUAAAGCACGUAAGAUUAUGUCAGCCGAAAAGAAAGCAUUAAAGGAAAAGGGCCGUGUCAUUCCCGACUUCACCACUUUUGAAUAUGAAAAGAGAUUGAGAAAGGUCGCAACACGAGGUGUUGUCAAACUAUUCAAUGCUAUUCGUACACAACAAAAGGUCACCGAAGUGGCUGUUCAGAAUGCUUCGGAAACACGUAAAACCUUGGCUUCGAUAGAAAAGGCAAAGAAUGUCUCAACAAUGUCCAAAUCAAGCUUUUUAGAUCUCUUAAAAACUGGACAAAAAUAA